UGUACACGACCUCGACACGACCUAUCUCUUUUUGCGACGCAGAAGAGUCAAUGGACAUACACGUGGUUCAAUUGAUGGUGGAUUUUUUCGUGGGUUUUGUAACUUUCCAGUCGCGGUUUCGCAGUUUCCCGAUGAGUCUGUAACCGAACGUUUCGCACAUCCGAAAUCCAAAAAAGAAAACAAAAAAUGGUGGACAAAACGAACUCCGUGACAGCAACGGCAUCGAAGCAGUUCAAGGAUCGCCAAGACCAAAUUUUUCGGGGAAAAAAACACCCCGACCACUAUGACGAGCCACACGACAGUGACGCGGACAGCGGGUUUUCCAACGAUGACGAAAGCGACUGGAGCGAUUUCUCUGACCAUACGGAGUCCGAGAGCGAGGAAGUCCUAAGUCAGCGCAGGGAGAAGGACAUGGAGAGACUGGCCAGAUUUAUAGCCGAUAAUUUGGAGGAGGUGCCCAAGGAGCAAAGAAAAGCUUGGGUGCUGGAAAAAACCAAGGAGGUUUUCGACGAGACUUUGCCAGAGUCGCUCUUGGAUAUCACUGCGGCGAGGUUCUUCGAAGGGGACACGGGAAUAGACGUCAACGCGAGGCCACACUGGCUCGACAUGGACAAAUUGCGCAGAGGACAAAAGUUCGCCCUCGACCACCUGUCGUCCCUGGCUUACGCGGACGUGGUGUCGCUGUUUGCCCUGUACUCCUUUUACGAGGAUCUGAAAUCCAUCAUUGCCACCGGGCAGUCCAGCACCCCAUACGCGUCCUUCAAAAGGUUUCUGUCGACGUGCGCUCGGGUUCACAACUGGUACAAGUCCGACCCUUGGACCCCGGGCACCCCGGCCAACAAGGACAUAAAGGCAGUGCGCAACCUGCACAAGUUGGUGAGAAAGAGAAUGGCGUCCAUGUCGGCCGAAGAAUUCAAGGAGAGGUCGAGCAUAAAGGAGCCCUGGUGUGUGGCGCUGGCCACCUCCAGGCGAGAUCUGCAGUCGUCGUGUCCGGCUCCAAAAGUGGGAAAGUGCCCUUUUGCCUUUGUCAACAAGUACAAGACGUUGACCGGCCGGUUUUUGAGCCAAGGUGAAAUGGUGGGCACACAGUUUGGUUUCGUCGGUUUGAUCGUACUGAGGCCCGAGGUUUUUGGCAUACAUUACGCCACGGACGACGAUCUCGAGGGCUUUUUGCACCUGUGGAGGAGCAUAGGUUACCAACUCGGUCUGGACGACAAUUACAACUUUUGUCGAGGGAGUUUGGAAGACGUGAGGACUCGCAGCAGGGAAUUCCUCGAGUUCUGGGUUAAGCCGAAUUUAAGGUCAGUCACCCCCGAGUGGGAGCACAUGAUGAGGUGCGUGUUUCAAGGCGUCAAGUACUACUACCCGGGAGCUUCUUACGAGAUUGCUUUGUUGGAUUUUGCCGAAAUAAUCGGUAUCAAAAUGCCAGGGCUGUACCAAAGUAUCUCGUAUUCCUUGUGGAUCACGCGAUGCGUGAUGAGGCUCUACUUGAGUUACGGGCUGAGGUACGAUAUAUUCCGCGUGCGUUUUAACAAUUUCUUGGAGAUGAGGAUCGAAAGGGCCAUGAGAUUCGACGAAAAAAAGCACGAGGAACUGCAAAGGAGAUCGGCAGAGACGCUAAUGUCUUGCGCGACGAACAAACGAGAGUAAUCAUCGACAAACAAAUUAAGCCUAUUUGGAGCCACAAAAUGACAUACCACGAAUCGAUAGAGGUGGUUGAAAAAUGAUCUUGCAGUAAUUUAAUCGGAAAAUUUCUUGCCUUGUAAAACAGUAUCGAAAAUUGUAUUAGAGGAGCGUCAAACUUCUAUAUUAUUAUAGUCAUGAAAAUCUAAGACUCGUAUACUCAUACGGUGAGGUUAACAAAUGUUUGCUCUUAUGUAUGUGCAUACCCAGGACAUUAGCGCUAAAAUAAUAUUUAUAAAAGAACAAAAUUAUUUAUAUUAUACUAUAUCGAAAGUUCAAAUGUUACACAAAUUACGUGUGACUUUGUUGUCACCUACAAUAUUUUUCAUUGUGAUUGCAUGUAAAUUGACUAAUUUUAGUACCUUUUAGUACAAUACACAGUAUUCCUACAUAAGGCGACUCAUGACAAAAAUGUAGAUUAAGAUAAAUUAUUUUUGAGUAAACAAGUGUUACUCAUUACAUUAAUUUGACUAUUGUUUUUUUUUUUUUUUUAAUCAUUUUAUGUCUACAAAGUUCGAAUUUACACAAUCUGACACUUAUCUUUACUUCAAAUAUAACUCACUGCUAAUAUAUGUACAUUGUAUUAAUUAACAAAAAAUAAUAUCAAAAACUUUUCUAACUAUGUAAAAUUUUUUUGUGGCACCACUAGUAA